AUGACUAACUGGAAAGCGAUAUUGACUCCCGCUCAAUACCAAGUCCUCCGUUUGGGCGGAACAGAAAGACCGUAUACCGGACAGUAUGUGAACUUCAAGAAAAAUGGAACCUACUUGUGUAGUGGGUGUCAAACUCCGCUUUACAAAAGUGGCACAAAAUUUGAUUCAUCUUGUGGUUGGCCUGCAUUCUAUGAAGCAUUACCUGGAGCAGUUAAACGAAUAGAAGACAAUUCGCUUGGAAUGCGAAGAAUAGAAAUCAGAUGCUCCAAAUGUGAUGGACAUCUUGGCCAUGUUUUUGAGGGUGAGGGAUUUGACACUCCAACAGAUUCCAGACAUUGUGUCAACAGCAUCAGCCUAAAAUUUCAAGGUGAAGAAGAGAACUAA